UAAACGCUCCCCGGAGAGCCCUGAGGGCGGCUUCCGGUUGGCGGAGGGAGCGGAAGUGACGUCAGGGAAGGGGCGGGGCCCGCGGAGUUUCCCGCGCGCGCUGAGGCGGCUCCGGGAGGAGAUGGACGCCCCGUCGCGGUUCCUGUCCCGCCCGGAUUUCUGCCCCGACUGCGGCUCCGUGCUGCCCCGGCCCGGCCCCCCCAGCGCCCUGCGCUGCCCCCGCUGCUCCUUCCGCCUCCCCUGCUCAGAGCUGCAGGGCCGCUCCGUGCGGAGCUCACUGCGCAUGCGCGACCCCGGAGGGGGGAGGGGCGGCCCUGGCCCCGCCCCCCGGGAGGGACCCACGGUGGACAGGGCGUGUCCCCGGUGCUCCCACCAGGGGCUGUGGUUCCACACGCGGCAGAUGCGCUCGGCCGACGAGGGCCAGACCGUGUUCUACACCUGCCCCCGCUGCAGGUUCCAGGAGAAGGAAGAUUCCUGAAAUUCCCAAUUUUGGGGAUUUUCUGGGAGGAGGAAUUUGGGGGAUUUUUUAAAAAAUUCUUUUUGGGAUUUUGGGGGAUUUUUUUGGAUUUUUGGGAAUUUUUUGGGGACCGUUUUUGG